GUAGCAGCUUUUGGGAAAAUGAUUUAUUGUCGGUUCGGACAAUGAUAUUUUGAACAGUCACACUUUGAACGAUAAGCAAUUAAAUUUUACGCUCACCAAUCAUAAGAAGAGACAGAAGAGGCAGCAAGCAUGUCCAGACUUUUGAUGGCCACUCCAACGCGGCUGUCUCGCGAUAUUCGUGGCAGUUGCUUUAAUGGCUUGGUCUAUAUCACACGACAACUGGCGGCCAAGGCACCGACGAGCAAGGCCACUUCGGCGUCCAAAUGCAAUCUCUCGGAGAAGCCUCAGCCAAAGUGGGGCUACUUUCCCAGCGGUGGCACCCAUGCCAUCUUCAGUGAUCUGCCCAAGCCCGAGGGCGAUUUCAUGCAGCAUUGGCAUGCCAAGAACAGCAAGUACAAUUUGGUGUUGCUGAGCGGCAUCUUGGCCGUUGUGGGCAGCAUCGCCUUGGGCAUCAGCUUGGGCAGGCCAAUGCUGAAUGCCACUGUGCCCGAGUAUCCCUACACCGAGGAUGAGAUGGAGGAGUUCCAGCGCGAGGAGGAGCGUCGCCAGCAGGAGAAAGAGGAGCGCGAGCAGCGCCAGAAGGACCUCAAGGAUGCCAAGGAGCUGAAGGUGCGACGUCGCAAGGCCAAGGAGGCGAUGGCACGUGAGGUGGAACUCAUGCAGAAGGACAUCGACGAAGGUGUCUCCGAUGGCGAACUGGCCGAGCUGGUGCAGCUCACACAGGAGCGCGAGGAAUUCGAGAGCUGGGAGCGCGAGGAGCUGAAGCGUAUCGAGGAGCAGGAAAAGGAGCGCAACAAGAUCAAAAUGGAGCGAGAAAAGCAGCAGAAGGAAAAGGAGGCGCAGCAAGCCAAGCAGCGAAAGUAGUACAAGAGGAAAGGGUUCAAGGCAUACACCUAAUUAAAAAAGAACAAAUAACACUUUAAUUCUCAUUUUACACUUUGAAGCUUGCAACACCAGCAGCAAAAAAAAAAUGGCAUUAACGUGACGCACAACAAAAGUUAAACACAACAAA